AUAAUGAAUUAUAAAUUUAUUUUAUUAUUUUUAUUAUUAAUUCAAGCACUAAACUUCUGCUUCACUAAGAUUUCGAAUGGAGCCCAAACCAAAUUAAUUCUAAUGGAGAUGUGUGAUAAAACUACAUUUAAAUCUGAAAAUAAUGAAAUUGGAAAAAAUAAAAUAGAAUUUUUGUGCCACGAUGCUCUCAGUUUUCUUACAAAACCAGCUAUUUUCUUUUGUACUUUUGCCGUUAAUUUGUGGAGCGGCACUAUAAACUGUGAACAAGCUCUUACAGACCAUCUAAAGGUUCUACAUCUUGAAACUAUAUGCCAAAAUUCUUUAAAUAUGUGGAAAAAUUCUCGUUGCAGCAAUGUUCCUAAAGAGAAACUUGCUUGUUGCCUUGAAGAGUCAGAAAAGGCAGCUUCAACCAUUCUACCAAAAUGCGAUGAGAUAACAGAAACAUUAAUUAAAUUAAAAACAACUGUUUGCAAUAUGAACAAGGGUGAAGCUAUCCAUUUCGCUACAAAUGGAUGUACUACGGCAGUCGAGUUAGCUGCCGAGAUUCCAUUUAAAUUAUGUCUUAAAAUUUUUGGUUAUUAA